AUGGAGAAGCGACGGUUCGCGGCGGCUGAGGAGAAGGAGCCCCCGGCGGCGGCGGCAGUGGCGGCCCCCCCACGGCGGCAGCGGCGGCGGCGGCGGCGGAGUCGGCGGCGGGGCUCGCUCGGCCUCGUCUCCUCCAGCAGCGAGAGCAGCAGCGACAGCGACAACAGCGGCGGGCGGCGGCGGAGGAGGAGGCGCGGCGGCGGCGGCACCAGCAGCAACAACAGCGAGGAAGAGGAGGACGACGACGACGAGGAAGAGGAGGUUUCAGAGGUGGAGUCUUUCAUUUUGGACCAGGAUGAUUUGGAGAAUCCAAUGCUGGAAACAGCUUCCAAGUUGCUCUUAUCAGGCACUGCUGAUGGUGCAGACCUCAGGACGGUAGAUCCAGAGACACAGGCUAGACUGGAAGCUUUACUAGAAGCUGCAGGAAUAGGCAAGUUAUCCAGCGAUGGUAAAGCCUUUGCAGACCCUGAAGUGCUCCGGAGGUUGACAUCAUCUGUCAGCUGUGCGUUGGAUGAAGCUGCUGCUGCACUUACACGAAUGAGAGCUGAAAGCACAGCAAAUGCAGGGCAGUCGGACAACCGCAGUUUGGCAGAGGCCUGUUCAGAAGGAGAUGUAAAUGCUGUGCGAAAAUUACUCAUUGAAGGUCGAAGUGUAAAUGAACACACCGAGGAAGGAGAGAGCCUCCUUUGUUUAGCUUGUUCUGCUGGAUACUAUGAGCUUGCACAGGUUUUGUUGGCAAUGCAUGCAAAUGUGGAAGACAGGGGAAUCAAAGGUGACAUUACCCCUUUAAUGGCUGCUGCUAAUGGAGGACAUGUCAAAAUUGUGAAGUUGCUGCUAGCUCACAAAGCAGAUGUCAAUGCACAGUCUUCAACAGGCAACACAGCUCUUACUUACGCUUGUGCUGGAGGCUAUGUAGAUGUUGUAAAGGUGCUCUUGGAAUCCGGUGCUAGUAUUGAGGACCAUAAUGAAAAUGGUCAUACUCCUCUCAUGGAAGCUGGGAGUGCUGGACACGUGGAAGUAGCCAGAUUGCUGCUAGAAAAUGGAGCUGGCAUCAAUACGCAUUCCAAUGAAUUUAAAGAGAGUGCCCUUACAUUAGCUUGUUAUAAAGGUAUAGUAUAAAUUGUUCUUGAAAUAAAAUAAU